GUCAAACGAAACAAUUUGGGAGAUUGAGGAUUAUGGGUAGGCGUUACAAGAGGUAAGUCGAAACUCAUUUUGGUGUCUAUUUAUAACCCUUCUCAUCAUCUAAUCAUUUUCCCUUGAGGCCAACGCCACUUGUAAUUAGUCUGAAAUUAGAAAGAAUGGGUAAUAUACUAUGUUGUGUGCAAGUUGAUCAAUCAACAAUUGCUAUAAAGGAAAGAUUUGGCAAGUUUGAUGAAGUACUUGAGCCAGGUUGCCAUUUCAUGCCUUGGUGUCUUGGAAGAAAGGUCGCCGGUCAUCUCACCCUCCGCUUGCAGCAGUUGGAUGUGCGAUGCGAAACUAAGACUAAGGAUAAUGUAUUUGUAAAUGUUGUUGCAUCUAUACAAUACCGAGCCCUGGCUAACAAAGGGAGUGAUGCUUUCUACAGACUCAGCAAUACUAGAACCCAAAUCCAAGCCUAUGUAUUUGAUGUGAUCAGAGCAAGUGUUCCAAAGCUAAACCUAGACGAUGCUUUUGAGCAGAAAAAUGAAAUUGCAAGAGCUGUGGAAGAUGAACUUGAAAAGGCUAUGUCUGCCUAUGGGUAUGAGAUUGUUCAGACACUCAUUGUUGAUAUUGAACCCGAUGAGCACGUUAAGCGAGCCAUGAAUGAAAUCAAUGCCGCUGCGAGGUUGAGGGUAGCUGCUAAUGAGAAAGCAGAAGCGGAGAAAAUUGUACAAAUCAAGCGAGCAGAGGGCGAUGCCGAGUCAAAGUAUCUGGCAGGAUUGGGUAUUGCUAGGCAGCGACAGGCAAUUGUGGACGGUCUAAGAGAAAGCGUGCUUGGGUUCUCAGUGAAUGUGCCGGGGACUACUGCUAAGGACGUCAUGGACAUGGUCCUAAUCACACAGUACUUCGACACCAUGAAGGAAAUUGGUGCAUCCUCCAAGUCCUCGGCCGUCUUCAUCCCACAUGGACCUGGAGCUGUUCGCGAAAUAGCUGAGCAGAUUAGGGAUGGGCUGCUUCAGGCAUCAUCAGCUCAACAAGAAGCCACGCUUCUAUAGGGUUUAUCGUGUUUUGAAACAAAUGUUGUGCAGAAUAAGUUUGUUUUCCGGGAUUAAUUCUGGUGUUUGGUUUUCGGUUUGGUGU